CAAAGCACUCUUGCAGUCCCCAACCUCUCUCCUCAUCUUCUGCCUUAUUCUAGCAGGUGUAUUGACGUCACCUGUUUCCAUUGCAGAAAAUUUCCGUAGAAAGUGCUCAAGAAAAUAGCAGUGAAGGCUGGAGUAAGAGUGAAUACGCACAUUUAGGGUCAGGGUCCGAAGAGAAAUCUGGUCACUUGAUUUGAACACUCCAAGCUGUACAGGCAAAACGUCAAGUGGACUCGCUUCCAACUGCGUCUCUCAAUUUGUUCCAGCGGAAUUAUUUCGCGGGACAGUGAUUCUCUGCUUUGCAAUUUUGGGGAAAGAAUUGCCAAUGCUGCUAACCCUCUUGCCUCUGAUUUUGACGACGAACUAAAACCUGCAAUUCAUUGACAUUUUUCAUCAAGAUGGAAUUGUGGAGCAGCAAACUAUCUCUUCAGUUUAUCCUAUGUAUAUAUCUACUGCAAGGCUGCUGGGGAGCACAUGGGAAAUUUGCCCAAAAGCUGCUGAAUGAUUUAUUCACCAACUACACAAGUGCAUUGAGGCCAGUGGAGGACACUGAUAAAGUCAUGAACGUCACACUGCAGAUCACCCUGUCCCAGAUCAUCGACAUGGAUGAGCGGAAUCAGAUCCUUACAGCCUACCUAUGGAUUCGACAGGUGUGGUUUGAUGCCUACCUGAGCUGGAAUAAGGAUGAUUAUGAUGGACUUGAUACCAUCCGCAUACCUAGUAGUUAUGUAUGGAGACCUGAUAUAGUCCUAUAUAACAAUGCUGAUGACCAGUUCACUGGCUCAAUGGAGACCAACGUGGUGAUCCGGCACGAUGGGCAAAUCAUGUGGGACUCACCAGCCAUCACCAAGAGCUCCUGCAAAGUGGACGUCUCCUUCUUCCCCUUCGACUCACAGCAGUGCCGGCUGACCUUCGGCUCCUGGACCUACAACGGGAACCAGAUCGACAUCGUGAACGCGCUGGACAGCGGGGACCUGACUGAUUUCGUGGAGAACGUGGAGUGGGAGGUCCUGGGAAUGCCGUCCAAGAAGAACGUCAUCCUCUACGGCUGCUGCUCAGAUCCCUACCCGGACAUCACCUACACACUGCUGCUGAAGAGGAGAGCCUCCUUCUACAUCUUCAACCUGCUCCUCCCCUGCGUCAUGAUCUCCUUCCUGGCUCCGCUGGGGUUCUAUCUGCCUGCCGACUCGGGAGAAAAAGUGUCUCUGGGGGUCACUGUUCUGCUGGCGCUCACCGUCUUUCAGCUGCUGGUGGCGGAGAGCAUGCCCCCUUCGGAAAACGUGCCACUCAUAGGAAAAUACUACAUAGCCACAAUGACCAUGAUUACUGCCUCAACUGCACUGACUAUCUUUAUUAUGAACAUCCAUCACUGUGGCCCAGAAGCCAAGCCUAUCCCCAUAUGGGCAAAGAAGGUCAUCUUGGAGUACAUGGCCAAGAUCUUUUUUGUCUAUGAGGUGGGAGAGAGUUGCCUCAGCCCCCAGCCGCCUGUGCAAACAGAGCCCAGACCUCAGCAGGACGAAGGUAGGACUGUGAAUGGACAGGCCAGGAAGGAAGACUUUGCAUUGAAGGUGAGGAGGAAUCAAGACGGAAUGGCGCAGAAGCUUCAGGAAGACCAUGAAGACUUGGAACAAGGGGUGAGCCCAAGCCUCUCGAUGGUAAAUGUACCCGCCAACUGCUACAACUCCUGUAAGGAGGAAGGCAAACAUGUCAGCUUAGACAGAGGUGAAAGCAGUGAUUGUGGUGGUGGCAAAGGGUGUUGCAAAGCCCAGUGCCUGUGCCACAACCAGAGCCUCCUGAGGAACAUUGAGUUCAUUGCCAACUACUACCGUGAUCAGAGAGCCACCCAAAAACGGACUGGUGAGUGGAAGAAAGUGGCUAAGGUCAUGGACCGCUUCUUUAUGUGGAUCUUCUUCAUCAUGGUCUUUUUCAUGAGCCUGCUCAUCUUGGGGAAAGCCAUUUAAUAGGAAAGCCAAUGAAUAUCAUUAUAUGAAGAUAACUGUAAGGUCUGCAAGGAGUCAAAGCAAGUGAGUGGGGCAUCUGGAACCAAAAAGACCGCUUUUCCUGUGUUUUCUUAAAACAAAAUGUUAUGUGACUAAAAACCGAUUAAAACUGAUAAAAAAUAAUUGCCCAGAUUUUAUAGAGAAAACAUUUUAAAAGGAACAUAUUCAUUUUAUGAAUAUUCCCAACUUCAGGAUAGAGAGAACUUUGUCUUGAACACUAUGCCUGAUGUUACCUUUAUUCUUUUAUUUACACUACCGUUGUCAAGGGGCUGACAACAAAUAUAUAUAUAUAUAUAUACAGUAUAUAUAUAUAUAUAUAUAGUUAUGAGGGUGAAUAACAUAUUCAGAAAAUCAAUGGCUGAUAUGUAAAAGAAGGACUCAUUUUAUAGGCCAGUGCAUGUAUUCAAUGGCUAAGCACAUAGGAGGGACUAAAUGAGCUUGUAUUUUGAGGCAGUACUCUUUCUCAACUGGUAUCUGUAGCUUUGAGUAAAUGCAGGCUCCAAGGUUUCAAGCUCAACGCUCUUUAAAAGCACCAUUUUUCCACAGACCUUUCGAGUUUCAAAACCCAUAUAAUGUUAAAUAAAUAAAUAAUACAUGUAUUUAUUGGGACUAAUUAGUGGUCUGUUGAUUGACAAUCCAGUUAAUAGUACUGUAUGUGUGGUGCGUGACCAAGCAGUUCUCAAACACACAUUUAUAUAGAGAUUAUUAUGAAAUCAAGAAUUGUGUUUUUGGUGUAUGAUAUGGCAUUUUGUAACAUUUAAAAUAGGUGGUUCCUUGUGCUAAUAAGCCAAUAGGAUUGACAGAUACAAAAUAAUGAUAGUAGCCUGUUAAUCAGAAUAAGACCUAUCUGUUCUUUGUUGGGUAAAAGCACAAGUUCUGUUCACACACUGACACCUGCAUACUUAACCUUGAGCAGUGAAACACCCAGUAUAGUACAUUAAAACAGUACAAAAUAAGUCCUUUUUCUGUCUUUCAAGGAUACUAAAAUGACUCUGCUACACUUGUUCAGAAGAAAUACACAACAAAAAAAUGUUCCAGUGAAAAUCUCAGCAUGAUCCUACCUGCUUUGACUUUUACAUUAUUUAUUUAUUUGGCAAAAAGUUCUUAAACAUUUCAAAGAUAUAUAUCAACAAACCGCCACUCUGUUAGAAUUUGUUUUUAAAAUGGUGUAUUCUAUCGUAGCUCUUUACAAAGUGUAUUUCUGUAUACAUUAAAUGUUGGAUACAGACUGCACUGUAGAAUAUUAAACUUAAUCAGCAUUAUAUUUCUUUGGUCUUUAUAAAAAAAAUGUUUUACAAAAAUGCAACAAAAGCUCAAUGUAGUUCUUAACUUCUUAUGUAUUUCCAUGCAAGGUGUGUAUUUUCCUUUUUCUUUAAAUGUUGGUAUAAUUCUACAGUGUAAAGUAGGAAUAAGAUUACAGUUUUGCUUGCUUGUGAUGAUGUCAUCUGGGUAUAUAUUUCACCAUUACAGCCAAUUACAUUAGAACCGAUUGGUUUAGCUGAUUCUAGUUGAGCCUUGAAGUAACUUAUAUAGUUCAGUUUGACUAAAAACACCAAAUUCAGAAUAGCUUGUGCAUAUGCCAGUUUAUCUACAAAAAAACUAACCUGACUGCAUUUCCAAUCUUUUCCCACUAAUUGGCCUUUGAAUUCUGUUGUACUGUACAAAGUGCCAAACUGCAUUGCUUUUAAAGACAAUUGCUGUACAUAAUUGCCAAGUCCAGUGAGUCAUUAGUGUUGGCUCUAACCUUUGGUUUCCCCUGUUAAAGUUUGAAGCUUGCAAUGUCCUGAAUAUUAGUUGUAGCUGCAAAAAGAAGAGAAAACUAUUUUUUGCAAAGGUUUUAAAAAACACUAUGGCACAGGGCUUGCAUAACAUUGCUUAUAUAAAGUUGGAUUUUGGCACUGGCAAAGUGCAAGCUUUGGGAAUUACAAAUAUGCCCCCAGUUAAUUCCAUGUUUAAUUAACUAUGAGCAGCAAUACAGCUUGUUUGAAGCCUCAGCUCAGAAUUGUAUCAGCACUCAUAUUUCAGUCUUACUAAAUAAGUGCAUACAGUACUGGUGCUGGUUUUAGGAUGCUAAAAUGUGGAGGGUACCAGAUACGUGGACACUCGGUUCCACAGAGAGCUUACCCACUAACCUUUCACAUAUUUCACUUGAAGGACCUGAUAACAUAUUGAGUAAAACAACAGAAUAAAUCUACAUUCCAUCUUGCUACCAUUACCUUUGGCUCCAGUGCUUUAUUGUGCAAUGAGAAAAUAACUGUAAAAAAGCAACUUUAUUUUGUAAAUACAACAGUAAUAUAUACAUCAAUAAAUGUUUCAAUUUACA